UCCUCUCACUAUAUAUAUGGCCACUCGCACCAUCAAACGAGCAAACCGUACUGGCAGCACAAGCAUUGGCCACGCUAGCAAACUUCUCUCGUCGCCGAUCCAACUCGGUUGCACGGAGACGGAGCUCGACUGACCGACCUCGCUAGCUAGCUAGCAAUGGAGGUGAAGGCGCUGAGCUCCAGGCUCGUCAAGCCCGCCUACAAGGCCGGCGCACCACCCACGGAGUACAUCCCUCUGUCCAUCUUCGACACGGUCACGUACCAGAUCCGGAUGGCCAUCAUCUACGCCUUCGCGCCGCCGGCGCCACCCACCGCCGCCAUCGAGAAGGGCCUCGCGGCCGUGCUCGCCCAGUACCGCGCGUUCGCGGGCCAGGUCGGCGUGUCCCCCGACGGCGCGCCGGCCGUGGUCCUCAACGAUCGUGGCGCGCGCCUCGUGGAGGCGUCCGUAGACGCCGACCUCGUCGACAUGGCGCCGGCCAAGCCCACGCCGGCGCUGCUGAAGCUGCACCCGGACCUGGACGCGGAGCACCAGGAGGUGGUUGUGCUGCAGCUCACGCGGUUCCGCUGCGGCUCCCUCGCCGUCGGGUUCACGUCCAAGCACGUCGUCGCCGACGGCCACGCCACCAGCAACUUCCUCGUCGCCUGGGGGCGCGCCACCAGGGGGCUCCCCAUGGGCGUCCCGCCCGUGCACCACCACAAGGACCUCUUCAAGCCGCGGCCCUCGCCAGCUCGCCUGGAGCACCAGCACGACCACCGCAGCAGGGAGUACCACCGGCCGUCGCCCGCCAAGCAACAUCACGGAGACGACGACGGCGCCGAAAGCAGCAUCGUCGUCAUCCACAAGGCGCACUUCACCAAGGACUUCAUCGCGGGGCUCCGCGCCAAGGCGUCGGAGGGGCGGGGCCGGCCGUUCAGCCGGUUCGAGACCAUCCUCGCCCACCUCUGGCGCACCAUGACGCGCGCGCGCGGCCUGAGCCCCGGCGAGGCCUCGUCGAUCCGGAUAUCCGUGGACGGGCGGCACCGGCUGGGCAGGCCGGCGGAGUACUUCGGCAACCUGGUGCUCUGGGCGUUCCCGCGCAGCACGGCGGGCGACCUGCUGAGCCGGCCGCUGAGGCACGCGGCGCAGGCGAUCCACGACGAGGUGGCGAGGGUGGACGGCGCAUACUUCCAGUCCUUGGUCGACUUCGCGGCCUCCGGCGCGGCGGAGAAGGAGGGGCUCGCCCCGAGCGCCGUGCUCAAGGACGCGGUGUGCCCGGACGUGGAGGUGGACAGCUGGCUGACGCUCCCGUUCUACGAGCUGGACUUCGGCACGGGGAGCCCCAGCUACUUCAUGCCGUCCUACUUCCCGACGGAGGGGAUGCUGUUCAUGGCGCCGUCCUACCUCGGCGACGGCAGCGUCGACGCCUUCGUCCCCGUGUUCCACCGCAACCUCCAGGCCUUCAAGGAAUGCUGCUACUCCAUGGAGUAGCUAGAGUAGGCGGCCAUGCUCCGUCAUGCAUGCAUGGUGAUGGUUACUCUAGCUAGCCAAGGAUCCGUCGAAUCGACAGGUCCAGGGAACAAGAAAGAAUGUUACUACAGUACGUGGGAGAGAGAUGGAACUGCAUGCCAAAGUGGCGCGGUUGUUGGAUAUGUGUAGGGGUCGGGUUGGUCCAAUUUUUUGUUGUUGACGACGCACUUCGAUCACGGUGGCGUCCUCCGAUUGACCGAUUGGUUAUUUGUGCCCUGCUUGAAAUUAAUAAAGUGUUGAUGAAUUUAU